AUGGAGGUUUUAAUAGUCUUUGCAGGCUUGAUAGCAUUAAGUGCUGGCAGCGCUAACCCCUGGUCACCCGGGGACAACAGUGUCUACGUGGAGGGUGUGACUCGCUUCAUCUGGAUGCCGGAUGGUGAAGGAAAUCCUCACUUAGUAGAUUUACAUGAACCUCAAGAACGAUUUUUUAUAAAAACUCCUGUUAAUAACGAAUAUUGGCUGUAUACCAGAAAAAACCCCAAAAAUGCUCAAAAACUCGUUUAUGGCAACGUUAAGUCAAUCACCAAGUCUAACUAUAAAGCCAAACGUGGAUUAAACGUGAUCGUUCACGGAUGGUGGGGCAACGGAAACUCUUCAAUGAAUUCUCUCAUUACAUCAGCAUUCCUUGCAGUCCAAGAUGUUAAUGUUAUUGUAGUUGACUGGCGUGCCCUAGCUAAUUCCUUCUACUUAUUUGCGACUCUCGCCGUUCCUGAUGUCGGUCAAUCCCUUGGCAAAUUCUUAGUCUGGCUCAUCCGUAAAGGAGGUGGUGACUGGAAGAAGGUUCACUUAGUCGGCUUCAGCUUGGGAGCUCAUGUCGUAGGAAAUGCUGGUCGUCAAACUGGAGGUCGGCCCGCCCGAGUCACAGAACGAAGAACAGCUCAGGGAACUCCUGAAGGGGUGCGCGCAGAAGCCCUCACCGUGCGUUCGACGGCCGCUGGUCCUUUGCGGAUAAGUCCGGGGGAAGAGCAGUCGUUGGGCCGGUGCACCCUGGGUACCGAUAAUAAUCUCCUCGCGUCGGGCAGGGUAGAGGACUAUUAUUGUCCGGAGCUAACUUCUGCAGGAGCGGCCGCUUCUGCCCCGUCGACGAAGUCGAUUAGCAAAGCACGCAAUGACCAGGAUUCGAACUCGUUGUUUCAAGAAGAGGGUUCAUUGGAGCACCGUAUUGGAUCUGGCAGAAGACGUGAUAUUGACUCAGACCAGCUUCAACAUAUGGGGCAAGGUUAUGAGGAAAAUUACUGGAGCAUUAUUGUCAUCACCAGUCUCGCAAACAGUGAAAACUACAUAGAUGUGCUGAAAGAUGUCAUGAAGAUGUGCUAG